AUGACAGGUUUAGGCUCUCCAUGUGGAGCUUGCAAAUUUCUAAGAAGAAAGUGUGUGCGAGGAUGUAUUUUUGCUCCAUAUUUUUGUCAUGAACAAGCAUCAACACAUUUUGCUGCAAUUCAUAAAGUUUUUGGUGCAAGUAAUGUAUCAAAACUCUUGAUGCAUCUUCCUGUGCAUGAUAGGUUUGAGGCAGCUCUAUCCAUUUCUUAUGAAGCUCAAGCUAGACUUCAAGAUCCCAUUUAUGGUUGUGUCUCUCAAAUUUUCUCACUUCAACAACAAGUUAUUAAUCUUGAAGCACAAAUAGCUUGUUUCAAGGCAGAAGCAACUACAAACUGCCAACAAUUUCAAGCUCAAGAGAAUUUCAAGAUAGAACAAACUUUAAUGAAUGGAGAUAUUUCAAUGCAUUUUAAUGACAUUGGCAUUCAAUCUUCAUCUCAAAAUCUUGUUCCAAGUUCAAGCUUGGUUGAUGAAUUCCCAUUUGCUCUUGAAGACACUUCUCUUGAUUCAUUCAUGGAGGCCACUAAUUAUCUCUAUUGA